AUGACGAAAAGAACAACCACCAUCUGCCUGUCAGUCGCCGCCGUGAUUGCGGCGGUGGCCGUGAUAUUCCUAAUCCUCGGCGUCACGGUUUUCAAGGCGAAGGACCCAAUCACCACCGUCGACUCCGUCGCCCUCAAAGACCUUGACUUCUCCGUUGACGUACGCAAACCAACGGUCCACUUAACGGCCGUUAUCGAGACCGCCGUCACCGUCACUAACCCUAACGUGGUCGGAUUCAAGUACGCGAACUCCUCCGCUUUGCUCACGUACAGAGGCAAGGAAGUCGGGCAGGCACCCAUCCCCGCCGGCGAGAUCGGCGGCGGCGCCGCCCGCGGCAUGAACAUGACGCUGACGCUGAUGGCGGAUCGGCUUGUCGGGGACUCGCAUUUCUUCACCGACGUCGUCGCCGGGACGCUGGCGUUGAGGACUGACGUCAGACUUCCGGGGAAAGUGCAGAUGCUCGUCGGAGUUCCGGCGGUGGCGUACGCCGCCUGUGAUCUGGAAAUCCAUUUGGCCAGCCGGGGCGUUAAGCAAACUUGUCACUAUAAAACUAAGUUGUAGGG